CCAAAGACCCUGAAGCCGAAGGCAGUGCUCUUCAGACAGAACUACAUGACCUCUGUGCUGGCAGUGAGGCAGAAGGCCUGGAUGGUUUUCUUCAUCGGGACAGGAGAUGGACAGCUCAUUAAGCUUGCUGUAGAUAAGGACUAUCACACCGCCUGUCCCAUGGUGCUCUACAGGGCCAAUGAUGAUCGCCAAGUGUUUCCCAAAAUACUUCUGGAUCCAGUGGAUCAUAAACAUGUGUAUGUGCCAUUUCAAAACCAGAUGAAGCGUGUACCUGUGUCAAAGUGCAGCAUGUACACAAAUGUGCAGGAGUGUUGGUCUGCACAGGAUCCACACUGUGUCUGGUGUGGCUCUAAAUCAAGGUGCACAUUUGAAGAUGACUGCACAGAUUCAGACUGGGUGUCCAUUCCUGAUGAUCACCAACACAAAAUAGUUUCCUACAAAGUUGAAAAGGAGCCAACUGGUCAGAUCAAACUGAACAUCCAGACACACCUGACUGUGGGUCAGAGCACACUGUCCAGAUUCGCCUGUCAGUUCUCUGCAAGUUCCAGUGAGCUUUGUAGCAGGAGUGGCCCUCCUCCACUGUUCCCACAAUGCACCUGCAUCUUCUCUGAUAGCAGACUUCCUGCUGAAGGUCUGGGUGUCAGUGUAAGAAUUAGAGUUGGGAAGACGCACUUUUUGGAACAACUGACGUUAACCAACUGUUCAAACAUCAGGGGACCUCCAAGUUCUGUCUUGUGUCAGCAGUGUAUCAGGGCUGGAUGUGGCUGGAGCAAAAACAGCUGUUCCUGGGCAAAUCAAGGAGUGAUCAAUGACAGUGUUUGUCAAACGAUGGAGUCUGGGAUGAACUUUUCUAGGCCAGUGAUCUCCUCCAUCACCCCCAGUGUCGUGUCUUUCUACGGCAGAAACCACGCAGUGUUGUCGGGUCAGAACCUCAGAGAUGUGACCAGAGUGAGGAUGACUGUGGACACAGACUGCACUCCCCAAGAAUCUCCUGUAUGGAACAACACAGGCGUGAAUCUCACGUUCCACAUUCCCAGGACAGAUGGUAAAGGUGUGGUCAAAGUAUGUGCUCUCCUCCCAGAUGGUGGUUGCCAUGGCAACACUAAAAUCACCUACAGGUCAUCACCAUCCUGCACCAAAAUUGUCCCAAGCAGCAGCUGGGUCAGUGGGAAGAGGGAGAUCACACUCAUGGGCUCUCACCUGGACUUUGUGGAGGGGGUCACACACAGCCACGCCCCACAGAGGGUCAGACCUCCAGGAAGCAGCAGCUAUCAGAAUCUCACCUAUGACACACCUGCAGCUGAAAACAGUCAGAGGACUUUUACCAGCACUGUGUUUCUGAGAGUAGCCAAUGAAACCUUGUCCUGCUCUGAUAAAAUCACCUACUAUCCAGACCCUGAGUUUACUGGUUUCACAUCCACGAGAAUAGGGGACAAUGUGCGCAUCACCAUAGAGAAAGAGGCAGACAAACUGGAGAUGACAGCAGCAGAGUUGUCAGUGUGGGGCGUUCAGGAAGGAAAACAAUAUCCCUGCAUCAUGAAGAGCAAAGAAACUUUUCCCAAGAUUGAUCUUUUCAUCUGUUUUAUUCAAAACACACCAGAUGCUGAAUUUCUGCAUUUAAUGAUAAAGUAUGGUGAUAAGACGGUAAGACUCGGCCCUCCAUCUUUAUUACAUCAAGUCCUUCUGAUACUGCGCCUCCUGCUGAUUCCCUGUGUUACUGUUGUGUUGGUGAUUAUCUGUCGAUGGCAAAAGAAACUCACUGCUGAGAUGAACAAGCUCUGACUGUUACAUCACACUGGCUGAACCUUGUGCAUCUCCAUUAUAGCAGACAUAAUAUCCCAAGUUCAUGUUUAUUCCUCACUGAUAAUUCAUUUCACCACCCAUGGGUUAAAUUUGAAGUUCAGUGUUUUGUCUCAAAAUUUCUAAGUAGAGGGAGACAACCUUAACUAAACAGUGAGUGUAAGAGGGAUUCAUGUGAGCUUUAUAACGGAGCUUUUACAGUAUCUUUCAACCAUUUUCUGUAUUAUGUAACUCCGGUGUAAUUGUAUCUUGAAGGCUACUUGAAGAACCUGACCUUUGUGUCCUUGCUUUGAAUCCAAGUUUCACAGAUUUUACUUAUGGAAGUAAAAAGUAUUUUUAGUCUUGAGAUAGAGUAUAUUAGAGAACUGACAGAAAAUGAGGUGGGGUGACAUGCAACAAAGUUCCCCAGGCAGACUCAGGGAUACCACAACUUGUCCUUUUUGCACACAUUGCACAGAUUUAACAAAUAAUAUGAACUAGUGCAUUUUAAAGAUGUUGGUAGGUACAUUUUUUUCUUUGUAGAAAAAGCCAGGCUAGCUUUCCCCUAUUUCCUAGUCUUUGUGCUAGGCUACGCUAACCUGCUGCUGGCUUUAGCUUCAUAUUAACUGUGCAAACUUGAGUGUUGUUGGUCCUCUCAUCUAAGUCAUUGUCAGGGAAUAAGCAUAUUUAAAAAUAUCAAACUACUUCUUUACAGACACAGGUCACUGAGGCUCUUUCUGACAUCUAACCUUCUCUGUGCGUCUACCAUAAAUUUUGUAAUCAAGUCUUUUUUUCUACUGAGUUCAUCCUCUCUGAUGGUACAGCUGUUAUAAGAGGACAUAUUGUAUAGACUAAGUCUCCUGCACUGCUCAGCACCUCAGCCAUUUUAUAGACAUUCUUAGAGCCACAGGAGUCCCUACAAGAGGAAAGACCUUCACCAUAGACUUCCUUAUUGCAGUCAGCAGUCAGGAUGCUGCAGUUGACAUGAGACACUGUGGACAUAACAUGUUGCAACAAUGUCCCACCACAGCACAUACCCAAAGUAAUGGAAAGAGACAGUCCCACACCAAGAUAAACAUUUGCUGAAGGGACUCAAACAGAAGCUGAACACUGUAAUUACUGUAUAUCAAUACCAAAUCAAUAACUGUAAUCAAUAAAUGUCUGUAAUGAAGUAGAUAAAACUAA